AUGGACAAGGCAUUUUCAUUCAAGUUGAGGGGUGCAUAUAAUAUGAUGGCAAAGCUCUCCCAAGAGCAGUUAAACAACGGCGUUAUCUGCUCCUCUGCUGGAAACCAUGCUCAAGGAGUUGCUCUUUCUGCCCAAAGAUUGGGCUGUCAUGCCGUUAUUGUCAUGCCUGUGACAACACCAGAAAACAAGUGGCGAUCAGUGGAGAAACUGGGUGCGACAGUCGUUCUCAAAGGAGAUUCAUAUGACGAAGCUCAAUCAUAUGCAAAACUAUGCUGUGAGGAGGAAGGCCUCACAUUCAUACCUCCUUUUGACCAUCCCGACAUUAUUGCUGGACAAGGAACUGUUGGCAUGGAAAUUGUUCGCCAAUUGCAAGGUCCAUUACAUGCAAUAUUUGUACCUGUGGGAGGUGGUGGAUUAAUUGCUGGAAUUGCUGCCUAUGUGAAACGGGUCUGCCCUGAGGUCAAAAUAAUUGGAGUGGAGCCCUCAGAUGCAAAUGCCAUGGCAUUGUCCUUGUUUCAUGGCCAGAGGGUCAUGUUAGAACAUAUUGGAGGGUUUGCUGAUGGUGUAGCUGUCAAAGUUGUAGGCAAGGAGACAUUUCCCUUGUGUCAAGAUUUUGUAGAUGGCAUUGUCCUGGUCAGCCAAGAUGCUAUCUGUGCUUCAAUAAAGGAUAUGUUUGAGGAGAACAGGAAUAUCCUUGAACCUUCUGGGGCCCUUGCCUUGGCUGGGGCUGAAGCUUACUGCAAAUACUAUGGUUUGAAAGGGGAAACUGUGGUUGCAAUAAGUAGCGGUGCAAAUAUGAACUUUGAUACACUUAGAUUAGUAACCGAGCUUCCUGAUGUUGGUCGAAAACCAGAAGCGGUAUUACCUACAUUUUCGCCGAAGGAGCAGGGAAGCUUCAAAGAGUUUGCAGAACUGGUUGGCCGGAUGAAUAUUACCGAAUUCAAACACAUAUAUGAUUCUCAUGGAAAAGAAGCCCUUGUUCUACACAGUUGUUAA